CACAGCCUUACCCGGCGCCGGCAAGCUGGGUCUUGGGGAUUCUGGUUUGCUUUGGCUCACUCGCUUUUACAAACUACUGGAUCUUACAUGCCUCUGUACCCCCCACUUCCACUCCAUGUCCCCAUGCUCCUGCGCCAGCAACAGGACACGAACCCUGGCCCUGGAUGUCAGCUGAGUUACUAAGGUAGCUCUGCAUGUCAGUAGACAGACCUUGGUAGAAGCUCAAGGCUCCUGGAGACCCCCCACCUCUCCUUAUUUUUUUAUGUGUGUGUGUCCUCACUGAACAUUCAAAACUGUUUCUCCAAAGGGUUUUGCAAAAACUCAGACUGUUUUCCAAAGCAGAAGCACUGGAGUCCACAGCAGAAGCGAUGGGCAGUGUGCGGACCAACCGCUAUAGCAUUGUCUCUUCAGAAGAAGACGGGAUGAAGUUGGCCACCAUGGCGGUUGCAAAUGGCUUUGGGAAUGGGAAGAGUAAAGUCCACACUCGACAACAGUGCAGGAGCCGCUUUGUGAAGAAAGACGGCCACUGUAAUGUUCAGUUCAUCAAUGUGGGUGAGAAGGGACAACGGUACCUUGCAGACAUCUUUACUACGUGCGUGGACAUUCGUUGGCGAUGGAUGCUGGUUAUCUUCUGUCUGGCUUUCGUUCUCUCGUGGCUGUUUUUUGGCUGUGUGUUUUGGUUGAUAGCUCUGCUCCAUGGGGAUCUGGAUGCAUCUAAAGAGAGCAAAGCUUGUGUCUCGGAGGUCAACAGCUUCACAGCGGCCUUCCUUUUCUCCAUCGAGACCCAGACAACCAUAGGUUAUGGCUUCAGGUGUGUCACGGAAGAAUGCCCGAUUGCUGUUUUUAUGGUGGUGUUCCAGUCCAUUGUGGGCUGCAUCAUUGAUGCCUUUAUCAUUGGUGCAGUCAUGGCAAAGAUGGCAAAGCCAAAGAAGAGAAACGAGACUCUUGUCUUCAGUCACAAUGCUGUGAUUGCCAUGAGAGAUGGCAAACUGUGUUUGAUGUGGCGGGUGGGCAAUCUUCGGAAAAGCCACUUGGUGGAAGCACACGUGAGAGCCCAGCUGCUCAAAUCCAGAAUUACUUCUGAAGGGGAGUACAUCCCCCUGGAUCAAAUAGAUAUCAACGUUGGUUUUGACAGUGGAAUUGACCGUAUAUUUCUGGUGUCCCCAAUCACCAUAGUCCAUGAAAUAGAUGAAGAUAGUCCUUUAUACGAUCUGAGUAAACAGGACAUUGACAAUGCAGACUUUGAAAUUGUUGUGAUACUGGAAGGCAUGGUGGAAGCCACCGCCAUGACAACACAGUGCCGUAGCUCAUAUCUGGCCAAUGAAAUCCUCUGGGGCCACCGCUAUGAGCCUGUACUCUUUGAAGAGAAGCACUAUUACAAAGUGGACUAUUCAAGGUUCCACAAGACUUACGAAGUGCCCAACACUCCCCUUUGUAGUGCCAGAGACUUAGCAGAAAAGAAAUAUAUCCUCUCAAAUGCUAAUUCAUUUUGCUACGAAAACGAAGUUGCCCUCACAAGCAAAGAGGAAGAUGACAGUGAAAAUGGAGUUCCAGAAAGCACUAGUACGGACACACCCCCUGACAUAGACCUUCACAACCAGGCAAGUGUACCUCUAGAGCCCAGGCCCUUACGGCGAGAGUCGGAGAUAUGACUGCUUCCUUCUCUGGAAUAUUUACUUUAAAAUACAGUCUGUUGGUCAAAGGCCCAAAACAGUUAUUCAGACGACGGUACUGGUGAAGAGGUGGGUCAAGGCAAGUGGCCACAAGGGACUGAGGCUAGCACAAUGGUUUCAAAGAAAGACUGUAAGCUCGGAAAUGCACAUAAAGCACUCAACAUGCCUCCCUGUCCCCACCCCCCACCCCACCCGCCCAUGACCCAAUGGCACAUACAUGUUGUAGAAUAAGUUAUGGGGUUUUUAUGUAUUGUUUUGUGUUUUUACAAAACUUGAACUUGCAGGCAAGCCUUGGUUGGGUAUUUGACUAAUCCAGAAUGCUUCUCUUUAGGGAACAAGAAUGUUUUUAAUGGCAUAACAAAGGCAAGACUCUGCCUUAAUUUUUGAAAAGCUGCUAACUACAUGAACACAAAUCGUAUUUUUGUUGUUGUGUAGUUUUUCUUUCGUGUAAUUUAAAAGUCAGUGUUGAACUCUGUUGAAAGCUCAUGAUGUGUGCUUCAAAGUGGCAAGUAUUUGGCUAUGAGCUGCCAAAUGAGAGCCUGAUUUUUUGAGGCCAGUAAUUUGUUUGCUAGAAUUGAUUUUCUCUCUCUCUCUGUCUCUCUCUCUCUCUCUCUCUCUCUCUUUGGUUACAUAAGGGCAUUAUGUAACACUAGCCAAAUGGUAGCCUCUGGGUUUGUUUGUUUUUUUUUCCUUCCAUGAUGUUAAUGGGUUAUCUCAAAUUUUAAGUUAGACUACCUAAAAUAAAUACCAAAGAUAAUGCACAUUUUUGCACAGUGGAGCUUAUUCUAAAAGGGAUAGAAAGCCCCGUGGCUGCCUUGAAAUCAAGAGACAGUAACUUUGAACCUCAGCAAGACCUUGAACUGCCCUUUCCUUUUUCACCGUAUUCAGAAAACAGAAUAUCAUACACACAGAAUCUAGUAAGUGUAGUGCUUUUUCAAUUUUGUUCUUUCAUGCAACUUGUGUAUGAGAGGGGAAAGAAGA